AUGCCCCUACUAUUUGUGGCCCGAACUGUACCGUUCACUGAUCUUAUCGAUGGCCAACUCUACUAUGACUGUCGUGAGGAAUGGGAGGGCCAGUUGAGUAGUAUGAUCUAUUCGGGCGUACUAUUUGUCGUCACAUUUAUCGUACCGUUUAUUGCAUUGACAUUCCUCUACGGCUCGAUCGGUGUUAAAACUUUUCGGCACAUACAGCCGGGUGAGGCACAUACCAACCGGGAUCGGGCACAACAACGCAUCAAAAUUAAGGUUAUUAAAAUGUUGGUCACUCUGGUAACUGUAUUUCUAAUAUGUUGGGCACCCCUACAAAUCUACAAUCUGGUAAUCUGGAUCUUCCAGGACUUGCGUAACCCCACCAGUAAACUACAUGAAUAUCUAUUUUAUGGACUGUUUUUUGCAUCACAUCUAUUGUCACAGUUUCACACAUUCCUCAAUCCAUUCAUCUAUUGUUAUAUGAGUAACAAUUUUAGUGUAGCGGAUUUGCGGUCCAUUUUAGACAAACGUUUACCGAAAUCGUGUUACGAAAAACCAGUUCAACGAAGAUCUUCGUUCGAGUUUAGGGCGCGAACUGGAACUCCUUCGACAACUAAAACACAGUUCUCUAUCAAUAAUUCUGUACUUUAA